GUAAAAAGUAAUAAACUGGAUUCCUUUUCACCUUUUACCGGGAGGAGGUGAGAAAAGUCCCCCCUUCUCUUGGUUUGAGACGAGUCCUGUCCAAAGAAGAGGGCAAAAUAUCACUAGCAAUCGCUACCCGGAUUCUUAGGGUUCUUCCAGCAAGCAAUGGAAUCAUCAGCGAUCGGGCGCUAGCUCCAGCUAGCACGAGGAGGAUCGCACAGGUACUUGUCUGGUUGGCACUCUGUUCUUGCGAGAUCCGCAAGAACGAGGAGAAUGGGGGGAUUUCCGGGCGAGAAAUCUCCGAUAUUUGGCCGAUUCCAGCUGCUGCUGCUCGCGCUCGCUGCCGUGAGCUACAUUUCCACUCCCGCUGCAUUUGCUCAGGAGGUCGCCAUUCUCAUCCGGUUCAAGCAAAAUCUCGAGAAGCAGGCGCAGGGGGAGCUCCCGGAUUUGUUCCAGAGCUGGAAGAGCACUGAUUCGAGCCCAUGCAAGUGGGAGGGGAUCAGCUGCGACUCGAAAUCCGGGCUCGUCACUGAGAUCAACCUGGCGGAUUUGCAAAUCGACGCGGGAGAAGGGGUUCCACCGGUGGUUUGCGAGCUCCCGAGCUUAGAGUCGCUCAACCUUGGAAACAAUGAGAUUGGCGGCGGUUUUCCACAGCACCUCUUCCAGUGCUCCAGCUUGAAGUCACUCAACCUCAGCAUGAAUCUCUUCGUGGGGCUUCUUCCAAACAACAUCUCGGCGCUCACCAAGCUCGAGAACCUGGACCUCUGCGGGAACAACUUCACCGGAGAGAUUCCGCCAGGAUUUGGAAGGCUGCCCAGUCUCCUGGAGCUCAAUCUCACCAACAAUCUGCUCAACGGGACCGUGCCAGGAUUUCUCGGUCAGCUCUCCAACUUGCAGAGGUUGGAUCUCGCUUACAACCCCAUGGCCGAGGGUCCUAUUCCCGAGGAGCUGGGAAGAUUGACGAAGCUCAGGAACCUCAUUCUCACCAAGAUCAACUUGGUCGGAAAAAUCCCGGAAUCACUUGGGAAUCUCGUGGAGCUGGAGGAGAUACUGGACUUAUCGUGGAAUGGCUUGAGUGGCAGCUUACCGGCGUCGCUGUUCAAUCUCCACAAGCUCAAGUUGCUCGAGCUUUACGACAACCAGCUCGAGGGGGAGAUUCCAGCCAACAUCUUCAACUUGACAUCCAUCACCGACAUCGACAUAUCGAACAACAGGCUUACCGGGAGCAUUCCUUCGGGCAUCACGCAGCUAAAGAGCUUGAGGCUGCUGCAUCUCUGGCAGAACGAGCUCACGGGUGCCAUCCCCGAGGGGAUUCAAGACUUGGGGGACUUUUUCGAGCUCAGGCUGUUCAAGAACAACUUCACCGGCCGGAUACCGCAGAAGCUCGGCUCAAAUGGAAAGUUGGAGGUGUUCGACGUCUCCAACAACAUGCUCGAAGGUCCGAUUCCACCCGAGUUGUGCAAGUCCAAACGCUUGGUCGAACUUAUUCUCUUCAACAACGGCAUCACAGGCGGGAUACCGGACUCCUAUGGCUCCUGCCCGAGUGUAGAGCGUAUCCUGAUGAACAACAACAAGCUCAACGGUAGCAUACCACCCGGUAUAUGGAACACGGAGCACGCCUACAUCGUGGACUUGUCCGAGAACGAGCUCUCCGGUUCCAUCUCCUCGGAAAUCUCCAAGGCUUCCAAUCUCACCACACUCAACCUCUAUGGAAACAAGCUAUCGGGUCCUCUGCCACCAGAGCUCGGCGACAUUCCUGACCUCACAAGACUGCAGCUCUACGGCAACAUGUUCGAGGGAGAGCUUCCUUCCCAGCUUGGCCAGCUUUCCAGACUUAACGUCCUGUUCGUCCACGACAAUAAGCUGGAAGGCCAGAUUCCCAAGGCGCUGGGAAUGUGCAAGGACCUUGCGCAACUUAACUUGGCUGGUAACCAACUCACAGGAAGCAUUCCAGAGUCGCUGGGUGAUAUCAGCGGGCUCACCUUGCUCGACCUCUCGAGAAACAUGCUUACUGGAGACAUACCACUGUCCAUCGGUGAGAUCAAGUUCUCCAGCUUCAACGUCUCGUACAACAGACUCUCUGGACGAGUUCCCGAUGGCCUGGCAAACGGUGCGUUCGACUCGAGCUUCAUUGGCAACCCCGAGCUGUGUGCCAGCAGCGGUAGCAGCUUGCUGUCCCUGAGCUCGUGUGGAAGAAACGGAGGAGAGAGCUCGGGUUCAAGACAUGGACGUGUGGGUCUGCUGGGAUACGUGAUCGGUGGAACGUUUGCAGCAGCAGCUCUCCUCUUCAUCGUCGGCUCUUGGCUGUUUGUCCGGAAGUACAGGCAGAUGAAGUCGGGUGAUAGCAGUAGAAGCUGGAGCAUGACCUCGUUCCACAAGCUCCCGUUCAACCACGUGGGAGUGAUCGAGAGCCUGGACGAAGACAACGUCCUGGGAAGCGGUGGAGCUGGCAAAGUUUACUUGGGCAAGCUGAGCAACGGACAGGCGGUGGCAGUGAAAAAGCUGUGGAGCGCGGCCAAGAAAGGUGACGACUCCGCGUCCCAGAAGUACGAACGGAGCUUCCAGGCGGAGGUGGAGACGCUGGGCAAGCUCCGGCACAAGAACAUCGUCAAGCUCCUCUUUUGCUACACCUGCGACGACGAUAAGUUCCUCGUCUACGACUACAUGGAGAACGGCAGCCUCGGCGAGAUGCUCCACAGCAAGAAAGCCGGGCGGGGUCUCGACUGGCCGGCGAGGCACAGGAUCGCGCUGGGAGCUGCCGAGGGGCUGGCUUACCUCCACCACGACUACAAGCCGCAAGUUCUCCACUGCGACGUGAAAUCCAACAACAUCCUACUCGACGCGGAGCUUGAGCCUCACGUAGCAGACUUUGGACUGGCGAGGAUCAUCCAGCAGCACGGGAACGGUGUCUCCAUGACGAGCAUCGCUGGAACUUAUGGCUACAUUGCUCCUGAGUAUGCUUACACUCUCAAGGUGACCGAGAAGAGCGAUAUCUACAGCUUUGGAGUGGUGCUGCUGGAGCUCGUCACGGGCAAGAGGCCGAUCGAGGCGGAGUUUGGCGAUGGAGUGGACAUCGUGAGGUGGGUCUGUGACAAGAUCCAAGCUCGCAACUCGCUGGCGGAGAUCUUCGACUCGAGGAUCCCAUCGUACUUCCACGAGGACAUGAUGCUGAUGCUCAGAGUUGGGCUGCUUUGCACCAGCGCGCUGCCCGUCCAGAGGCCCGGCAUGAAGGAAGUGGUCCAAAUGCUCGUGGAGGCGCGGCCAAAGGAGAAGAUCCUCGCCAAGCAAGCAGUGUAAGACCAUCCAUCUCCAUCCAUCUCCUGGGCAACGCUGCAAUGGCACUGCAGCCCAAGAGCAAACUUCCAAGUGAGCAGAGCUCUAGAGAGUUUUCCUCCAUGGCCAUCGCAAGAACAAAGAAAGAGUUACUCCAAUGUGUUGUUCUCUAGGGUAAGAUUUUCUUGCGAUCUAGCUUGGGAAGAGCAGCGGAUUUUAAAGCAGAGAAAGCCACUGCCGCUCCAAGCGGUCUAGUUUUGGUAA